AUGCUAGAUUAUAUGGAUUAUAUAGUCAGGGCUUUUGAGCAGCAAACAAACUGGUAUUCAGAUAAUAGUUAUGAAAAUAUAACUGCUACCUCGCGAAGUUUAUUAAAUUUUACCAUUCCACAAUCCAUUAAGUUUCAAACAUCAAAUAAAUCCACAGAUUACACAUAUAGCACUCUAGAGUUGACUCGUGGUAAGAAGAUUAAUGGCUCUCUCACAUACUUGUACACUGAUGUUGAAGGUUUGAACAAAAUUCUUCGAAAUUCUAAUACGAUUGCUCUUCAGGAUGCUAUCGAAACAUAUAAAUACAUACAACCAAGUUUUACUAUAGAUAAUUCAAAACAUUUGACAAAUUCAGAGUUAUUAUCCUUCAAAUCUAAUGUAUCCAAUAGUAGGAAUACCACAUAUAAUGAGUUUAGACCUAGUUCCUUAUACCUUGGCAGAUUGUACUACCCAAGCUCUGUCUUGGAAGCCAUGAUGAUUAAAAGAUUAUCUCCAUACACCCAAAUGACCAUCAAAUGUAUAAGCUCUACAACAAGGGGUUCAAAUUUAAACUUCUGGACCUUUUACUGGCAACAUUACAAGGGACACAAUUGUCAAGAAUGUGUUUUUUCCUCCAACGAUGGUCUCUGCGGUUAUAGAAUAUUACAUAAUGUAACGACUUCUCCUUCUAAAUUUAAUAGUUCUCUGUAUAAUAACUCAUCGUUAGCUGUUGGUGCUGAACUAUGGUUAUCUUUAAGUUCGUUAAAUCCGGGUUGUUCUACAAGUCUUCGAUACUGCACUCAUUCUGCAUAUACAGGGAGACCCUUAACUCUAACCUUCACAUGGAAUCCAUUGUUUGGUCAUGUUUCAUCCACCUAUUCAGCUAAAACUACAUCAAAUUCUACCUUUACUACAAAAUACGAUUUUAAUUUGUAUUCUACCGAAGCUAAUUUAUCAUUUGGUUGUGAAUUUUGGAAAAGUGACACUUUAACCUCUUUAUCCCCCACUUCCAUAAACACGAACACAUCAUUGGAUGUUGAAAAAGCCAAGAUAAAAAUCGAUGCUCAGUCAGAGAUAAUUGAUUCUGAUAAUACAAAUCAGGAAAUGUUUUCCUCAAAUCGUAAAAUAUCAACUGAGUCCAGUAUUAUGCCACAAAACGAAAAUUUGGUGAAUUAUUCAAAUAGCCAACAGCAAUACAUUAAGGAUGUAACACACACAUUUGAAUCAUCUUUAAUACGGCUGGAUAAAGAAAAGUCAAUUAUCGAAGAUUUUGAAAAUAAAUUCAAUAAUAAAAAGUACAGUAGUGUAUGGAAACUGUCAACAUCGUUAAUGGAUAAAAAUUUGAAAAUCUUGUGGGAAGGUAAGUUUAAGGGAUUUUUAUUGUCUGCUGGGACUGAAUUAUUAUUUAAUAGACAAAAUAAAGGAAUUCAACCCAUGAUUAAUCCUGCAACACAGUUUGGUAUUAAUAUACAAUAUUCUUCAUAA